GUCAUUUUCCUGCGCCAAAUUUAGCUCAUUCUCACAUGCGCUGUUUGUGAGGGUAAUCAAACGUGGUUUUAUCAAAAACGUAAUUUUACAGAUUCUUUUAACCGCUUUUAUUCGGUAGAUACACGUUGUAUUGCGUUGCCAUUUGACAGCAGAUUUCUGAUUUCUUCCUCCGUCACGGCUUAAAUUUCGAUUCAAGCAUGUUCGCUGAGGAAGACGAGUGGAACGAUGAGCCGGAAGCCAAAAAUCUAACCACAACACUCUUCAGCAAUCCCAAAACCGAUAGCGCCAAUGCAAAGUUACAGAGCGUGGGAAAGAAGAGUCUAUUACGAACUCUCCAGAAGCUUGGAUCUGUACCGGACUGGACCAAGACAGGGGUCACGAGGGAGGGCAGUGACAGCGAACCAGAAGCUGUCCCUUCACAACCCAAAAAGAAGAAACGAAUUAAAAAACGCAAGAGAGGAGCCGCCAAAAGAGAUGAUGCUGAGAAGGACAGUGGAGACACCAGUGUCAAAGAGGAAUCAGAUGUGGUAGCAGCUAAGAAACUUAAGAAGACACCAAAAAUAACAGGACUGACAGAGGUAAAGAGUGCAGGGGACAAGGAGGUCAAAAAAACGGAAUUGAAUACAAGCACACUAACCAGAAAGCAAUGGAGAAACAAAAUGAAGAACCAGAAGAAGAAAACAAAUAAAUACCUCUCAUAUGGACAACAUAAGCAGGAAUCAGUCAAACCAGCCAACCAGAACCCCAAGGUAGGACAAGAAGAUAAUUCUGGUGUCAAAGAUGAAAAACAGCCUGCCAAGAUCAAACCUCCAACACAAAAACCCUACCAACAGACAGAGGGCAGCAGGGAAACCUCAAAAAGGAAAAAAGUCCAAGAAGGUAAUAAGAUCACUCCCGAUGUACACAAAGAAACACUCACAUAUUGUAAUAAUGACAAUAACCUUAAAAAGGCAGCGAAAAACACUAAAGGAGGAGGCCAUGUUAGUGGAGUUGCACUAGAACGCUCAGGCCAACUGAAACAGGAAGUGGGAACAGCCCCCUAUGGGAACAAGGUGGAAGAGCAACCAGGACCCAGUCAGAGAAGGAGCCAGAUAGAAAUAAGAGCGCAUGGGCGCAAGGUGGAGAAGCUACGUAGACUGCUGCAGGUCCAGGGUUCAGACCGCAAGGACGAGCCAAUGGAAAUGGAACAGAAAGAGGAAAAGGUGAUUGCGCCAAAGGUUCCUGAUGAUCGCUCGUCUAUUCUGAGGUCCCGCAUGCAGCAGCGCCUGCAGGCUGCUCAGUUCCGCUACAUCAACGAGGUGCUGUACACCUCGUCCAGCGGCGAGGCCAAGCGCAUGUUCAGACAGGAUCCCGAGGCCUUUGGGAUCUACCACAAGGGGUUCACAGCACAGGUCCAGAGAUGGCCUACCAACCCCGUGGACAGCAUCAUCUCAUCCAUACGGCACAAGCCUUCGUCUCUGGUAGUUGCCGACUUUGGGUGUGGGGACUGCAAGAUUGCCAGCAGUGUGAAGAACAAAGUGCACAGCUUUGACUUGGCACCUGUCUGUGACCAAGUUACAGUCUGUGACAUGGCCAAUGUACCUCUUGACGAUGCUACUGUAGAUAUAGCUGUGUUCUGUCUGUCCCUGAUGGGGACCAACCUGGGAGACUUCCUUGUUGAAGCCAACCGUGUGCUUGUGAUGGGGGGAAUCCUUCAAAUUGCUGAAGUGGCGAGCAGAUUUGAAAAUGUGCGAAGCUUUAUGGGUGCAAUGGCCAGUUUAGGAUUCAAGUUGGUUUCCAAGGACACAGAGAACAGUCACUUCUACUUGUUUGAGUUUGUGAAGACAGCAGAAGCACCAGAGAACGUCAAGGCAGGAUUAGAGCUGAGGCCUUGUCUGUACAAGAAACGAUGAGAGCAAUGGGGAAAGGCACCAGCUGGUGAAUAAGCAAAUGGUUUUAGUUUUUCCAUGAUUGUAUAGAUUGUUCCGAGGUUUUGACCACCAGAAAAUGUUUUAACAUGAUUCCUUUCUUACAUUUAGAGUUUUGCAUUGUAUUCUUCAAAAAAAAUGUUGACUGGAAACAUUGUUUAUUAUAUAAAAUGUAUUUUGUAGUCAUACACUUGUAAAGGGAUAUGUAUGAUUGUUUAAUUUAUGAGAAUUAAAACCCAGGACAAAGUA